AUGAGGUCUGGAUCGAGCUCCAGACCUUCUUCGUGCCUCCAUGGCUCCGCGCUCCCGAUGCUGCUGCUUCUUCUAGCUGUAUCAUCCGUGCAAGCUCAGCAAACGACAACGAUGAAGACCGAUCCAGUCGAAGCGGCGGCGGUGAACGCGGUGUUCGCCAAGCUCGGCCAGACAGCGUCGUCGGCGUGGAACAUCAGCGGCGACCCCUGCACCGGCGCCGCCACGGACGGCACAAAAAUCGACAACAACCCCAGCUUCAACCCGGCCAUCAAGUGCGAGUGCUCCGUCCAGAAUAACAGCACCGUCUGCCACGUCACCACGCUGAAGAUAUACGCACUUAAUGCAGUUGGCCCCAUACCACAGGAACUGCAGAACCUCACGCGCUUGACCAAUCUGAAUUUAUCUCAAAAUUACUUAACAGGGCCUUUGCCAUCUUUCCUCGGGAAUUUGACUGCUAUGCAGUACAUGAGUUUGGGCAUCAAUGCAUUGUCUGGAUCUGUUCCGAAGGAGCUUGGGAACCUUGCGAAUCUUGUAUCUCUAGGCUUUGGCUCGAACUACUUAAAUGGCUCCCUUCCCUCAGAGCUGGGAAACCUGGCAAAACUUGAGCAAUUGUAUAUUGAUAGUGCCGGCCUAAGUGGUCCCCUACCAUCAUCAUUUUCUGGGCUAACAAGAAUGACAAUGCUGUGGGCAUCAGAUAAUGAUUUUACUGGGCAAAUACCAGAUUAUAUUGGGAGCUGGAUUAAUUUAACAGAUCUGCGGUUUCAAGGCAAUUCGUUUCAAGGUCCACUUCCAGCCACUCUUUCUAAUCUCGUCCAACUAAAAAGCUUACGAAUAGGUGACAUAGUAAAUGGAAGUUCUUCACUGACAUUCAUCAGUAACAUGACAUCUUUGAACACAUUAAUUUUGAGGAAUUGCAGGAUAUCUGAUAGCCUGGCGUCAGUGAACUUUUCACAGUUUGCAAAUCUAAACUUAUUGGAUUUGAGUUUUAACAAUAUCACAGGCCAAGUUCCAGAAGCCCUUGUGAAUCUGAAUUCACUCAACUUCUUAUUUCUUGGUAAUAAUAGUCUUUCAGGAAGCCUGCCGAGCUCUAUAGGAACUUCUCUUCAAAAUUUAGAUUUUUCUUACAACCAGCUGUCAGGCAACUUUCCUUCUUGGACUACUCAGAACAAUUUGCAACUGAACUUGGUGGCGAACAAUUUCGUGACGAAUAGUGGACCUUCGGGGCUGUCGUGCCUUCAGAGCGACACACCUUGUUUUCUUGGCUCUCCACAAUCUGCCUCUCUUGCUGUGGACUGUGGGAGCAGUAGAUCUAUAUCUGGCUCUGACAACUCCAUGUAUCAACCUGAUGAUGCCAUUCUUGGAGCUGCAUCCUAUUAUGUUACAGGAGCACAAACAUGGGGUGUUAGCAAUGUGGGCAAGUUCAUGGAUGUAACAAAUGGAAGUUACAUAAUCUACAGCUCACAUCAAUUCCAGAAUACCCUAGAUUCAGAACUAUUCCAGACAGCAAGGAUGUCACCAUCAUCUUUGAGAUACUAUGGUAUUGGACUCCAGAAUGGAAACUAUACAGUCACACUUCAAUUUGCAGAGUUUGACUUUGAAGAUUCACAGACUUGGAAGAGUGUUGGGAGAAGGGUUUUCGAUAUCUAUCUCCAGGGCGAGCGUAAGGAGAAGAACUUUGACAUAAGGAAGGCAGCAGGGGGGAAAUCUUACACUGCUGUCAAGAAGCAGUAUAUUGUUCCUGUCACUAGAAACUUCCUUGAGAUUCAUCUUUUCUGGGCCGGCAAGGGAACUUGUUGCAUUCCUAGUCAAGGCUACUACGGGCCUGCAAUCUCAGCUUUGAGUGCAACUCCAAAUUUCACCCCUACAGUCCGUAAUUCUGCACAGAAGAAGAGCAGUAGUAAAACAGGUGUAAUUGUUGGAGUCGUGGUUGGUGCAGCAGUUUUGGGAGUACUAGCACUUGCUGGACUCUGUGUGUGGAGGCAGAAAAGGAGAAAACUAUUAUUGGAGCAACAAGAGCUUUACAGUAUUGUUGGAAGACCCAAUGUAUUCGCUUAUGGUGAACUAAGGACCGCUACUGAAAAUUUUAGUUCCAAUAAUCUUCUUGGUGAAGGAGGAUAUGGGUCAGUUUAUAAGGGUAAAUUAGCUGAUGGAAGGGUGGUGGCUGUAAAACAGUUAUCUGAAACAUCUCAUCAGGGAAGACAGCAAUUUGCAGCUGAAAUAGAAACUAUUUCUCGAGUGCAACACCGUAAUCUUGUGAAGUUGUAUGGUUGCUGUCUUGAGGGAAAUAAACCACUGUUGGUUUAUGAGUACCUGGAGAAUGGAAGCCUUGAUAAAGCAUUAUUUGGAAGUGGGAAACUGAACGUAGACUGGCCAACACGCUUUGAGAUAUGCUUAGGCAUUGCAAGAGGCCUCGCUUAUCUCCAUGAAGAGUCUAGUAUCCGUGUUGUGCAUAGGGACAUAAAGGCUAGCAAUGUCUUACUUGAUGCAAAUCUCAACCCUAAGAUCUCGGAUUUCGGGCUCGCCAAACUUUAUGAUGACAAGAAGACUCAUGUCAGCACAAAAGUUGCGGGUACAUUUGGUUAUCUUGCGCCUGAGUACGCCAUGAGAGGUCAUAUGACUGAGAAAGUUGAUGUGUUUGCAUUUGGCGUGGUCAUAUUGGAGACCUUAGCUGGAAGGCCAAAUUUUGACAAUACGCUAGAUGAAGGCAAGGUUUAUAUUUUAGAAUGGGUCUGGCAACUGUACGAAGAAAACCACCCUCUGGACAUGGUCGACCCCAAGCUCGCAGAAUUCAACAGCGACGAGGUGCUCUGUGCCAUCCACGUGGCCCUCCUCUGCACCCAGGGCUCACCACACCAGCGUCCAUCCAUGUCACGGGCGGUGUCGAUGCUGGCGGGAGACGUGGAGGUGGGGAAGGUGGUGAACAAACCCAGCUACAUCACCGAGUGGCAGAUCAAGGGUGGCGACACCAGCAGCUUCAUGAGCAACAAUGUCAGUGGGCAGUCAAGCGUGGCACCGAGGUUGCCAGCCGCGCACACCUCGUCGCCAUUCCUGAGCUCUGUCAUUGAAGAAGGCCGGUGA